AUGGGUCUCGGGAUCCUGGAAGAUCGUCACCUCGAGCACGUCCCCGGAACGGCUGUGCUCGACAGCGACAAGAAAAGAGGUGUCGUGCAAGAUGCAGCGCGAAGCCAUCUGAAGUAUGACAAGACGGGCAAGAUACUGCUUGUCCCGCAGCCAUCAGAUGAUCCAAAUGAUCCCCUUAACUGGCCCCUCUGGCGCCGCGACCUCAUCGUAGCAAUUCUAUCGCUUUUGAGUGUCAUAGCUGCAACUCUCUCUCCCAUCCUCGCCGCCAACACCGUCUCACUGGCCAUCGAGUUCAAACGCUCGUUUACCGACAUGGCCCUCUUGACCGGGUACCACCUCCUCGGCGUUGGACUCGCGGGCUUCCUUUUCGUACCCAGCGCACGGAUAUGGGGAAAGCGACAUCUCUACAUCCUCGGCACCGUCAUCGUCAUCUUCAGUUGCAUCUGGGGCGGCGCGACUGGACCACACUAUACUUCCUUCCUAUGGGCGAGGAUCUUCCAGGGCGUAGGACUCGCACCGUUUGAAGCGCUUGUCAACGCUUCGGUCGGCGAUCUAUAUCAUGUCCACCAACGUGGGUUGCGCAUGGCGCUGUCCAAUCUUGCGUUGUUCGGCGGCGCGUUCUUGACGCCAGUGUUUGUGGGCAUGAUUGCAGAUCGCAUUGGGUAUCAGUGGACGUUCUAUUUCGUCGCUAUCUUUUCUGCCGCAUUGCUGCCCCUGCUCAUCCUCUUCUGUCCGGAGACGAGCUACAGGAGGGAUGCGCACUUCGACAUCGACACCAUGGGUAAUUUGGUGGUUCAGCCAGGGCAAGAGCUGAAGGACGCCAGCAACAACCGAAGAAACUCCAAUUCCACGUCAGGCGAGACCGAAAGAGGGGGCUUCCUAAAAGGCCACAAGACGUUUGAUCAACCCAGCACCGCUCCUUCCUCACCACCACCAAAAGCCACGUUCCUGCAAACCCUUAAACUCUUCAAUGGACGCAAAACCGACGAGCACUAUAUCCACCUUCUCCUCCGCCCCUUUCCGCUCUUCUUCCACCCCGGCAUCCUGUGGGCCUGUCUAAUUCAGGGCGUAAUGAUCGGCUUCACAGUGCUCCUUGGUGUAACCCUUGCGGCCCUCUUCCUCGGCCCACCACUCUGGUUCGGCGAGCUCGAGACAGGAUACAUGUACACGGGGGCCUUUAUCGGCGCGAUCCUCGGCUUCCUGCUGACCGGUCUGAUCAGCGAUCCCAGCGCCAAACUGCUUACGCGCUGGAACAACGGCGUCUACGAGCCCGAGUUCAGAAUGGUGCUGGUCAUCCCGCAGAUGGUCUUGGGAGGCGCAGGGCUGUACGGGUUCGGAUGGACGGCAAGCGAGCCGCUGAAGUACGGCUGGCUGUGGCCAGACUUCUUCUUCGCCCUGGUCAUCAUGGGCAUGGUGUGUGGUGCUGUCGCGUCUGCGCUGUACAUUGUGGAUGCUCACCGAGACAUGAGUGUAGAGGGCUUCACCUGCCUCCUCGUCUUCAAGAACCUGUUCUCCUUCGGCCUGACCUUCGAGGGCUUCGACUGGCUGGUCCAAACCAAAAGCACCAAGAACAUGUUCAUUGCGCUCGGGAGCGUGCAAGUCGCAAUCUGCGCACUGUCGAUUCCUAUGUACGUCCUCGGUAAGAAGAACCGCUCUUUCUUCCACAGACACAACGUCUUCUUCAAAGCUAGCGAUUGGGUCGCAGACGGCAUCGUCAAGAUCAUGCCUUUCAGCCGUAAAUAG